AUGCAAAAGUUGGUGGAUGCUGGCAUUCACAACCCCAAGACAGGAAAGCCAGUAGCAUUGGACUGGGCAAAGCGAUAUCUGGGAUCAACCAGCAUUGCAAUUGCAGAUGUGUCAGAAUUUGAGAGAGUCUUUGAUCAGCAGCUGACUGAAGAUUGCAAGGAUAUCUCAGAGUUUGAUAUGAGUGUUUCUGCUGCCAAGAUGGCUCUGGAUGAGGCUGGUGUCUCUGCCAGUGAGAUUGACUGCAUCAUACAUGUCUCUGGCUCCAACAGGGUGCCCAAGGAAGGAAGAAGAGAUGACUUGGGCCUGAACAACUGCAUGAGAGGAUUCACCACUGCAUUGUCUGGACUACGACCUGACUGCCUCCUGCAACACCAAGACUCUGGUUGUGCUGGAGUGGUGCCUCCCUUUCAAAUGGCCAAGGCCAUGCUGUCAUGUGGUGAUUUCAAGAACAUCUUGGUGAUUACUUCCAAUGUGUUUCAUCGAAGAGAUUGGAAAGAGACCACCAAGGCCAAUGAAAUGACUCAAUGGAUCAACUUUCUCUUGUUUGGUGAUGGUGCCAGUGCCUUCGUCUUGCAAGGGACACACCACCCAUCAGAAGUCCUAGAGACCACCAAGAGCAACACCUGCUUUGAACUACUAAAAGUGAAUUCUGUUUCGGACACUUCCAUGUUUACCUUUCAGACAUAUGUGGAAGCCAACAAAGACACUUCUUGCAUUCAAGUCACGGGUCGUUUGAAUACGGAUGCUGCCAAGCAGUUUGUCCCCAAAAUGAGAGAGUGGUUGAGCUCUCAAGGCAUCAAAAUUUCACAAUUGGAUGCCCUCUUGCUGCAUCAGCCCAAUUCUCAUGUUAUGCAAAAGAUAAAGCAGUUCCUUGCAGGUGACAAGCUCUUGGAUGUGUCUGGCAAGUAUGGCAAUCUGGUGUCUGCCAGUCUGGGUACCCAAUUCUACGAGCAGAUUUACAGCAGUGGCAAGAACAAGAUGAAGCACGGAGGCCUUGUGGCAGGGUUUACCUUUGGUGCUCAUGCCGGAAACACCUACGGAGGAUUUCUUGCUCGCAUUCACGUUGGAGAGGAGGAUGAGACCAUGGCUAGUGGGCCCUCCGAACUGCACUUGUCGGAUGCUUCUUCCUCUGUCAGUGUAUAA